AUGCCGGUGGCCCACGAGUAUACAACUCUGGGAUAUUUAGUGGCCAUCAUUUCGAUCCUGGGCUUUGCAAUUAUGCCCAGGGCAAAGUUCAUCCAGAUGAUGAUUUUUGAUGUUUUGGCGGUUUGCAUAGCCGCUUGUUUUGCGCUGUUGACCAUGUUCUCCAGCGUCAAAGCCCGUCAGCAUACAAAUACCAAUGACACUGACACCUACAACUCCUCUGCCUCUGCAGUGAGUGGCGUUUGGCUCUUUUUCCAGAUUUGGAUGGUUCAUACCUUCCGCGCCAAGUACCCGCAACUGCAGUUUCCGGUGAUCAUCUACGCAAUCUUUGCGAAUGUCUCUUCGGUCUAUGCCCCGACUAUGAUGAAUAUGACCUCAGCGAUCAGUCUCGUGGUGCGAAUGUUGAAGUCGUUUCUCACGGGCCUUGGAAUCUCCACCGCGACAUCAAUGCUCAUCCUUCCCAUGACCUCGCGUCAGGCUGUCUUCAAACAAAUGGCCGGGUACAUCGGGGGACUCCGGUCGGCAUUGAAUGCGCAUGCUGUGUAUUUCGAGAGUCUGGAAAAAGACGAUAUGUUCGGUCGCGCGGAGACAUUCGACGACGCACGUGAGAAGUUCGGUAAGAAAGGCAAGGUCUACAGUCCGGAAGCAGAAGCAAUCCGAAGUGCCAUUCGACAGAUUACAGAUGUUCACGCCAAACUUCACGGAGACCUGACCUUUGCUAAACGUGAGAUUGCAUUGGGCAAACUGGGACCGGAUGACUUGCAGGCCAUUUUCCGUCACCUUCGCCAGAUCAUGAUCCCAGUCGUGGGCUUGAGCUUCGUGGUCGAUAUCUUCCAGCGACUCUCCGACUAUAAUCGAUGGAACCAGCCCAUCGACAUGAACAUAGGGGUUGUACCGGAAGAUGUGCGACAGCGGGUUGUGCACGAAUGGAAUGACAUUAUGCGAGCGGUGCAUGAUCCCUUUGCAAUGAUGAUCAAAACUAUUGAUGAGGGUUUACUACACACUUCAUAUGUGUUCCGGCUCACAAAGCCCCCGAAGCGCCCCAAUGCCAGUUCCGCGGCAAAUGACAACUCAAGUGAGGAAAACAAAGAUGUCGAGGCCUCGGCCGAAGACACUGCUCCUGGUGAGAAGGCAUUCACCGAGCAUUUUGAAAAAAGGCUCGGCGAAUUUCGAAGUGCAAAGCGCCUUGCGUUGCAGACUUGGGCUGAAGAGAAGGGCAUCAAGCUGCCACCUGACUUCUUUGAUCACCCUACCUCUCCGGAGAUCUUGCAAUCUGAUUUCCUAGACACAUCAGCUACACAGAAGGAGCGAAGUCGUCGGCAGUUGUAUCUGUUCCUAUAUAUGGAACAACUGCUCUACUCAACUGGUCAGACUGUCCUAGACUUCGUUCGGUAUGCGAACCACGUUGAAGCCAAGGGGAAGUUGUCAAGGACCCGACUCAUCAUUCCUGGAGGCAAGCGCAUUUGGAAGUGGGCGGGGUCCUUUUUGAGCGCGGAAGACUCCCACGACGACGAUAACUUGGGUGAUAUUCACACGCAAAACAACAUCCUUCAACUUGGUGAAGCCUACAGACUUCGCAAAGACCCAGAGCAUCUACCGCCUACAACACUUUUCCAGAAGUGUGGCGACAAAAUCCGAGUCCUGCCUUGGUUCUUGCGUUCCUUUGAAUCGACCUAUGGAUUCCGAGUCGCAUUGGCUACUAUGACGAUUGCUGUAGUGGCUUUCCUGCAUGACACGCAGACCUUCUUCACCCACCAGCGAUUAGUGUGGGCCAUGAUCAUGGUCAAUCUCAGCAUGUCACCAACUUCGGGUCAGAGUAUUUUCAGUUUCGUACUCCGAAUUCUUGGAACCAGUAUUGCCAUGGUGGCCAGUCUGUUGAUUUGGUACAUCCCCGGUCAGAAGACGCCUGGCGUGAUCGUUUUCUUAUUCGUCUUUGUCUCGAUGGGCUUCUAUAUUCCCAUCAAACUUUUCCGGUUCCGAGUCGUGGGAAUGAUCAGCAUUGUCACCACCACUAUGAUCAUUGGCUAUGAACUCCAAGUCCGCAGAGUCGGAGAGGCAGUGGCGACUUCUAAUGGCCAGCCAUUCUACCCCAUAUACCUGCUGGCACCGUACCGUCUAGCUACGGUCUCGGGUGGUAUAGCCGUUGCAUUCUUUUGGACCUUCUUCCCAUAUCCGAUCUCCGAGCACUCAAUUCUUCGACAGAGUCUUGGAGCGUCUCUCUACCUCCUCGCCAACUACUACUCUAUUAUUCAUGAGACAAUCUCCGGUCGCAUGCGCGGGGACGAGGGCGAUUAUCUGCUCAAGAGCUCUGCGGGUCGCAAACUUGAGAAGGCUCGGCAUAAAGUGUUCUCAAAACAGAUGCUCAUGCUUGCAGGUCUCCGGACUUACUCCGAGUUUCUGCGAUGGGAGGUUCCAAUUGGUGGGCAAUUCCCGAAGAAGCAGUAUGAUUCGAUUAUUCUCUGCGUGGAGAAUAUUGUCAAUUAUCUCAGUUUACUCGGCUAUGCGUCCGAUACGCUCAUGAACCUCGGUGACGGCGACGAUGUCUCGGAUACCGCUUGGAUGCACGAUUUCCGACGACUAGUCGGUACAGCCAAGGUCACAACGCAUGAAGUCACCUCUUUGCUUUGUCUUCUCUCUGCGAGUAUUACCAACCGACAGCCGCUUCCGCCCUAUCUCAAGGCCCCGCGGCCGUACAGUUUCACCAAGCGGCUAGAAGCUCUCGACAGCGAUAUUUUGAGUUUGAGGCACAUUGCUGAGCCAGGAUUUGCAGCCUUUGCGGUACUGCAGAUUUCGACGCGUUGUAUCGUUGGAGACGUGGAUCGGCUACUACGACAUGUCAAGAGCUUAGUUGGCGAGUUGGAUUUCUCUUUCCACGCAGUUACUACGACGGAAUCUAUGGCUGCCUCUCGCAUGCCCUCUCGAAUGGGAUCAAGGGUCGAUGUCGGCGAAAUCCCAUCCUCAAGCCACGGUGAUCGAGACAAGACCGAUUGA